GAUAAUGAAGUUAAAGAUAAACUUACUGAAAAAGAAAUCUUAGAGAUUAUUGAAAGUAAAGACAAAAAUGAAAGUAAUAGAGAAGAAGAAACUCUUAUUAAACAAAAAACAAAUUAUUUAUACAGAUGCAAAAAAUUAUAUAACUUAAACACUAAAAUUCUUAUAUGA